CGCCCAUCGAAACAACUGCAGCACAGGAUGCAUUUCCUGGCUCUCAUUUGUGCGCUUGUGGCGGUCUCUGUCACCUGGGCUCGGCCUCACAACCCUCAUGACUCCUCAGAGAUGAUAAACCUUAUUAAAAAAGCCAACACCACCUGGACGGCUGGGGAGAACUUCCAUAAUAUUGAUAUCAGCUAUGUGAAAGGACUGUGUGGGACCAUACUGAAUGGACCAAAACUGCCAGAGGUGGUUCACGAUACAGAAGGAAUAAAGCUGCCAGACAGCUUCGACCCGCGCCAGCAGUGGCCCAACUGUCCUACAAUCAAACAGAUCAGAGACCAGGGAUCCUGUGGGUCCUGCUGGGCCUUUGGGGCAGUUGAGGCCAUAUCUGACAGGAUAUGUAUCCACAGCGGAGGUAAGAUCUCUUUGGAGAUCUCUGCUGAAGAUCUGCUGUCCUGCUGCGAUGAAUGUGGCAUGGGCUGUUUUGGUGGUUAUCCCUCCGCUGCUUGGGAGUUCUGGGCAAAGAAAGGGCUCGUGACAGGAGGCCUGUAUGGCUCCAAUGUCGGCUGCCGACCCUACACCAUCGCUCCCUGUGAGCAUCACGUGAAUGGGACUCGUCCUCCGUGUCAGGGAGAAGAGGAGACUCCAAAGUGUGUGGAGCAGUGCAUCAAUGGAUACUCGCCAUCCUAUCCGAAAGACAAACACUUUGGUAGACGCACAUACAGCGUCCCAUCCAAACAGGAGCAGAUCAUGACCGAGCUGUAUAAGAACGGGCCUGUGGAAGCAGCUUUCUCUGUAUAUGCAGAUUUUCUGCUGUACAAGACCGGAGUGUACCAGCAUGUGACAGGAGAGAUGCUGGGCGGUCAUGCCAUUAAGAUCCUCGGCUGGGGAGAAGAGAAUGGGACGCCCUACUGGCUGGCUGCAAACUCCUGGAACAGUGACUGGGGAGAUAAAGGUUUCUUUAAGAUCAAGCGUGGAAACGAUGAGUGUGGCAUUGAGUCAGAGGUGGUUACAGGAAUCCCUCACAACUAGAUCAAAUGAGUCCUGGCUGCAAACAGUCUUCAAAGUCAAUCAAAAAAGAUUAAAAAGACAUUAUUUUGUAAGAGACUUCAUGUA